CUCAGCUGCUGUGAUGGAGCUGCUGCAGCAGAGAGCAGAGGGAAGGACCAAUUUCAGCUUCAGGUGCACCAAAGACAGAAAGGUGACCAUUGCGGUCACCAUGCUUGCUGUGAUGCUGCUUCUCACAGUAGCCAUCAUCAUGCUGGCAGUUAAGAAACACCCACCCUGCACUGCUCCCGCCCUUCCCAACUGCCUGGAGAGUGGGAUUGGCUUCGGGAACAAGUGCUUUUACUUCCUGGAGGAGGAAGUGGACUGGGAAGGGAGUCAGCACUCCUGCCUCUCCCACCAAGCCCACCUGGCCACCAUCGACACCAAGGAGGAGCUGAAUUUCCUCCUGCGCUAUGGGAACUUCAUGGAGUACUGGGUUGGUCUCUGGAGGGAAGGUUCUGGACCUUGGAAAUGGCUCAAUGGUUCCCUCUUCAAUGCCCAGUUUGACAUCCAGGGCAACGGCCACUGUGCCUACACGAACUCCCACAGGAUCAGCAGCGACAGGUGCUCUGAGAUGAAAUUCUUCAUCUGCAGCCACCUGCAGAGACACCUCAGUGAAGUUCAGAAGGAUCCAGAAAUCCUGAAUUCCACCUGAAACCUCCCUCUUAGCAGACAUCUACCACCACCUGCUGUUAACCCCAUACCAUGUGGUACUGAAUCUCUGCCAUUUGUAUUUGUUCAAAUUUUAGCUGGAAAAUAAUUUGCAGGUUGCUGAAACUCUGUCAGUUAAGUCCAUUUGCUA